CGCUGUUUUUAUAAGAACUACACUAAUUUACUUAAACUUAGUUUAAGUUUUGUUUUGCUUUUUUAAGUGGGUUUUUUUCCCCAUAGGAAGUGAAAUGUCCAAUAUUGUUAAAUAUUAAAAAGCAUGUACAUGAAGGUAAAAAGAUGUGAGUUUUGUGACCUGCAGGGGUCCUUUGAUCACCGGAUGAAGGCGUGGCAGCGCUGGCAGGAUGCUCAGUCCAUGCUGCAGAAGAAGAGGGAGACUGAGGCCAAACUCCUGUGGGCCAACAAGCCUGAUAAGCUGCAGCUGGCCAAGGAGGAGAUCGCUGAGUGGGAGGCCAAAGUGACGCAGUACGAGCGAGACUUUGAAAGAGUUUCUGCAACUGUUCGCAAGGAAGUCAUUCGCUUUGAGAGAGAAAAGACCAAGAAUUGCAAAAGACAGAUUAUCAAGUAUUUGGAGUGUCUGCUUCAAUCUCAGCAACAGCUGAUAAAGUACUGGGAGGCGUUCUUACCAGAAGCAAAAGCAAUCGCCUAAUCCUCAAACACCAGCCCUCUGGACUACAACAGGCUGCCUUUUUCUCAUACACUUUACCUCUUUUGCCUUUUAACCAAGGAAAAUGUGUGUAUUGUAAAGGGAGAUACAAUCAAUUCUGUUUUUGUUUUUUUGUUUUUUAAAUCACCUUUAACACAUAGCUCUGUAUUCUAUUGUAUUAAUAAUUGUAUAUUUUCAUUUAACCUUCCACAAAUAUUUUCUUAAUAGAUGAAAAUAGAUUGCAUAAACAAAGAUACGGACAAAUGAAAAGAGGAAAAAAAGAAGUGUAGAUGAACGAUUCUAUUAAUUUCCACAGGAGAAUCAUUCGUUCUCAGGAUUUCCUCCCUCGUGUUGAUCAGGAGCUCUUUCACAUCAGCUGUGGUUCACUGUUUACAGCCUGGCUGCUCUCUCAUCACAUAUUUCUGGGGACCCAGAUGAAGAAAGUGGCUAAAUUCUCACUGUGUUUCUUAUUGGUGACUGAAAGGGAUUAAAUAACAGUUACAAAUUUGAUUUAUGAACGCUUCCAGCAGGUGGAUAAACUACUUAAGUACCAUCCAUGUUUUUUUUUCUUUCUUUCUAAUUUGAAGUACUAUGAUGCUGAGGGGAAAUGGGUGCAGGGUGAUGCGCGGCAUUAGAUUAGCAGUUGUGGUCAAGGGCUUUGUCGCGUGCUGAGGUUGUGGGGUUAACAAUUUCAAAUUUCUUUCAGUAAGUGUGCAAACUAUGUCGGUGCCUUUAUAAAAGCGAGAAUGGUGUUUUGGCUUAAGACACCAGUUUAGGAGGAAGUCGUAGAGGGAGCUGUGGGCUUGCCAUCGUUUGUCAUCUCAGCGCUGAUGUUUAAGAACUGCCGUUGAGCCCCAUUUACUACCAAUUUCUAAAAUGGUUUUAAUGUUUUCAGUCUGCCUUGCAUAUGAACCUGCAGAGACAUGAACUGGAUAAUCUAGUCCCUAAACAUCAUGUCAGACUCUGUCUAGUUGCGUCAUGUUAGACACUUUAAGGCAAACAAACGCAGUUUAGAGGAAAUAAAUGCUGAUUGUGUGGGAUUAACCAACUCGAGCAACUCUAAGCAAGCAGUUUCAUGCUGUGUCAGAUGACACCCAGAAGCUUUCUGGAUGGUAGGAUUCAACUUUGAGGUGGUGUAAAUAGAGCUGUAACUCACAGCAGUCUUACUUGUGGAUUAGUCCCAAGGUGUAGUCCUGUUUUCGUCUGACAGUCCAAACUAGCCCUUUGUUAUUCACUUCUAGUAGCACCGGAGGGCAAUAGGGAGUUCUUGGUUGCGUAUGCAUGUUCUCAAACACAGUGCAAAGUCCUCUCUAUCCCAUAAUGUGUACUGUUGGCUCCCUUUGUUAUGAAAAAACAGAAGGAAAAAAAGUCCAGUGAUUGGACACGUGAGAGUGGUAUGUCUGCUAACAAGUGCAGCACUGUGGGCACAAAUUAAAGGGUGACUACUGCUGAGUCCCACAUCACUACUGUUCACUCAUUUAUUACUUCUGAUGAACAUCCAGCAGUUUACUGGAUAUUUUCACUCUAAUUUUAUGAAUUUUUACAAAAUAAUGGACACGUUCAGCUUCUGUUGUAAUGCAGAAUUUUCCAGGGCACUUAUUCUAAAUUUGGCCACACAAAUAAAACGGUGUACAGUUGGUGAAGCGCACUAAGGGCAGUCAUACAGACUGUAUAGAAAAGAUGGACGUAACCUUGUGAUCUUAAAAAUGUGCUGUUGAAAGUGUUUUAAUCUGCCAUUCUUUCUACUGGCCAGCAGGGGGCACCACCUUUGGUUGUAAAAAGUAAUUAGAUUGCACAGAAGUGUAUAAGAAAAUGCACUCAUUUUUUACGUUGGCAAAUGCUUCACAAUUGGUUUAUUAUCUUAUUUACUAAAACUUUUUGGUAAUUUUGGUAAAUUUUGACUCUACAGUUUGACUGUUCUGUGUCUAAGUCAGAUUUACCCUUCAUUUGUGCCAUCUGAGUGAAAGCUUGCAAAAUGCAGAAGUUUAGGCUUCACAUGGACGUCCAUCUUUUUUUUUAUCCAGUUUGUUUAUGCAGCCUUUGUCAGUGUUUUAUGGCAUUCAUUGCUUUUGAUCAAAAAAAUCCAAGAUGAAGUUUUCUUUGAAGCAGUGAAUGUAAACACCCGUUUGUUCACAUAAAGUAGCCACACAGUUCCUUUAAUUUCAAAGGACAAAACCCAGAGGAGGUACCACCAGAUGUUUGACUUUUUCACUUGCCGAUUGGCGUAAAGACACAAAAUACUGUCCGCGAUUUAUCAGAAAGGAGGCAACGAGAUGUCCUGUAAGAGCCGAACUGGACUACUCAGAGCUGGAUGGACGCCGCUGAUGGCUUGAGUACGCAUGCUGACGGUGGAGUGUAUUCUUUCUUAGUCUCAUCGUGUAUUUUUAACAAACCUGCGUCACAGCUUUACGUGGCAGGACUGCCAUCCCUUUUGAUUACAGCUUUAAUGUCACAUUUGCACUCAUGUAAAAACUGAAGGUGUGCAGCGACUGCGCUUCACUGUAUCGUUCGUCGUCAUUACGGCUUUCUUUUAACUUGCAGACAUUUCUUUGCCGGUUAGAUAAAUAACUAUUUUUGCUUUUAUUUUUACAUCAUUGAAUAAAAACAAGGUUGUUGGUGUGUGGUUAAAGGUGCAGAGCAAUGUCAGCAAUAUGCACUGUGUCAUAGAAACUUAAUUCAAAUCAAUAAAAGUUGCACUGUUUACACUUGGAAAUUUCAUAAAGAAUACGACUCAAGUGUCUAAUUUUUUUUCUCCGACAUGCUGAUUUACUGUGACGUCAUUUUAAUAUGAUUUUGAGAAGUAGCUGCCUCAACAAGUGUGAAAUGGAAUAAACAGCUAGUCCAUGCAGAGAUUUAGAUCUAGAAAACAAACUUACGCUGUUUUUAUAAG